ACGACAGCUUUCAAAUUUAUUUAGUUUGCCUAUCUCAGUUUGGUGAACACAGUUACGCUAGGGAAAAUUUGGAUCGGUGAAGUAAGGAAAAUACUUAACGAAAACACCACACACACAGCAGUCAAACCAGAUAACCGAGUAAAAUUCAGACAGUCCUGCUAAAAUUUGUUAAGGAUAGCAACGAUGGCCAGCUGCGAUGUGCAAGAGACUCCGUCCCAGGAGGAGUUGAAGAAGAAUGAGAACAUCAAAAAUUUGAAAAAUUCGGAAGAAAGUCGGCCGUUAAAUUUCAAAUCUAAUAUCGAUAUGGAUGCAGAGCCGACCUCGUCGGAGGGCGAGCUGCGGCCAAUGCGCAGUUCGGUGACGAAGAUGACCAAGAUUCCAGGCCCCAUUGUCCCAGGUCCCAGCGGCGGCAGUCAUCAGGCCAGCAGUCGCCUGUACAGCUCAGUACUUCGCCAGUCCAAGGAUCCCAGCUCCUCCGAAAGUCAGCAAGUGGCUGACGAUUCGGGCAUCCACAUGGACUCCUCGAUCACCGAGCUGGAGACACCGCUGUCGGCCAGACCCAGUCCCAUUCUGCACACGAUUCUCGAACGGAUUCCGGGCAUCAGCAGCGAAAUGGAACUCCAACGGGCCGAGGCGGAGAGCCUCAAGGAACUUCAACGGGUCGUCGCCGAAAUGGAGGCUGAAGUGGCCCUAGAUGACGAGGAGCUUCAGGCUGCUGAUGAACUUUCGCUUGACGAAUCCGAGUCGUUUGGUGCAAAAGAUGAUCUGGAGGUCAGGAAGGGUCCCGAGGGUUUUGACCUGGAUACGGAACAGCUUUCCGGAAACGAAACUGGGCCGAAACCAUCGCUCACCGAUCCUAAACAAGGACAGAUCGAUAACAAAAUGACAGUGGAUCAUUUACAGAUGCAGCAAGAGGAAUCUGAGGAGGGAGUGGAAUUUGGGGAGCAGAAUAAAUCUGCAAAGGAGGAAACCGCUGAGAAGGAGGAAACUGCUGAGAAUGAGGAAACUGCGGAGAAGGAGAAACCCGAGGAGACUUCUGAAGCUUUUGACCGGUUGGCCAAUGAGCCAACGACAACCCAAGAAUACCCAGAGAUUGUGCUUGAAGAAACCUUUGAGGAAUCUGUGGACAAGGAGCUCCAGACAUCUGUGCCCGAGUCGCUGUUAGAGGAACUCGAAAUGGCGAUAAGUGGGGGCUGCGAAGCCGAGGAAGAGAGAUUUCUGCGGGAAAACUUCGAGAGAAGCCCUGAAGUGUUGGGCCAGAAGUUUCAACGCUCUGGGGAUGAUAACCUUUCCACCACUUCGGAGGAGGGAUUGGCCAUCCGUCCCUCGCUGGCCAGUAGCCACCAGGAAGGAUCGAUUGAGAGCGAUCGCCGUAUGGUGCCCUUGGAAGAACUGUUUGAUGCCGAGCACAAUGUGGAGCUCCUGCGUCAGCUGCUGCAGGCCGGAGCCGAGGAAGCCAUCACCGAGCCCGAGUCGGUCCUGGCCGAAAGUGAAUCUGCGGAGGAAAAGGAGACGGAGGUGGGAACGGAAACGGAAAACGAGACCGAGGAGGAAAAGGACUCGGCCUUUAGGCAGACUGGCAAGCAGCCGAGUUUCUUGCGGCGCCUAUUCAGCAGCAAACUCCUGCAGCUCAGCUAUCCCGUACUCUUCUGUAGCUUAGCUUUUAGUUUGAUCUACCUUUCGCGCAAGGAGUAGGUAACCGUUUUAAGAAUGGAAAUUCGAUUAUAUAUUCAAGCAGAAACAACAGAUUUGACUCCGGUAUAUAUGUACCUAUGGUGCAAAGCUCUUCAAAAUCGACCAACGCAAUGGCACUGAGUUGCCUCAAAUUAAAUCUAUUUUUUAAAUAAAUAUUGCACAUCAAAAGUAA